GAUCAUAAGGAUCGCGACUGAAUUCUCUCUUGCUUCCAAUAAUUUAACAGACACUGCGUCCUCUGUGUGUUUUUAUUGUGAUUAAUAGAGGUUGCAGACCGGUACUCAUAGAACAUUCCAGCUAGGUUUCCCGUCGAAUGACAAUCUCGCUUCAUUCAGUCUGAUUUCAAGAUUUUCUGGCUGGCUAUGACAUGAAAUGUAAGUUUUCAAGCUGCCUGAAAUUUGUAGAUGGCAGCUGUCUUAUCCAUCACCUUUUUGGAACUCAGGGAACACACACCAGCCUCUGCAAGCUUGACUUCUGUCAGGAGCAAUCUGCUUCUACUCCAUUAAUCUCUGAUAAUACAACACAUAAAAGCAGGGGAGAGGAGUGCCCAACAGGAAUCUCAAACGCUUAUGCAACAUAUCAUUGAUAACCACCCCGAUAUGGCUACUGCUUUGUUGGCUGGAGAAAAACUGAAGGAACUGAUCCUUCCUGGGCAGCAGGAUGAUAAAAUGGGGUCUCUGGCAGCUCUUAUGGUUCAGCUAAAGCUGGAGCUACCCUUUGAUCGUGUGGUUAUCAUUGGCACUGUACUCAUUCCCAUACUCCUCGUAACCUUGGUUUUCACAAAGAACUUUGCAGAGGAGCCUAUAUAUUGCUAUACACCAGACAACUUCACCCGCGAUCAAGCCUUGUAUGCCAGAGGAUUUUGCUGGACAGAGCUUAAAGAUGCCCUACCAGGAGUGAACACCAGUCAAUGGCCUUCAUUGUUUGAGCAUAAGUUUCUUCCCUAUGCUCUACUGGCAUUUGCAGGGAUAAUGUAUAUUCCGGCUUUGGGUUGGGAGUUUCUCGCCUCAACAAGGCUAACUUCAGAGCUGAAUUUUCUGCUUCAAGAAAUCGACAACUGUUACCAUCGAGCUGCAGAGGGACGAGCCCCCAAAAUUGAAAAACAAAUUCAAUCAAAAGGACCAGGCAUCACGGAAAGAGAGAAGAGGGAGAUCAUAGAGAAUGCAGAGAAAGAAAAAAGUCCUGAACAGAAUCUCUUUGAAAAAUACCUAGAAAGAAGAGGCCGAAGCAACUUUUUAGCCAAAUUGUACUUGGCACGACAUUUGCUCAUUAUAUUUUUAAGCAUUAUCCCGAUUACUUAUCUAAGCAUCUAUUAUGCAACCCAAAAACAGAAUGAGUUUACAUGUGCCCUAGGGGAGCCCCACCAUAAAACCAGCAACUCAAAACUAUUCAUAAGAAUGAACUGCAAGUUGCCAUCUGUUCAGCUCCAGAGAAUUAUUGCUGCAGUAGAUAUUUUCCUUCUUAGUUUUAUGAACUUAAUCAUUCUCAUCAAUUUAAUUCACCUUUUCAUUGUACGGAAGUCCAACUUCAUUUUUGACAAGCUAAACAAAGUUGGCAUAAAAACUAAGAAACAGUGGCAAAAAUCACAGUUCUGCGAUAUAAAUAUUCUUGCUCUGUUUUGCAAUGAAAACCGUGACCACAUCAAGUCUCUAAACCGCCUGGAUUUUAUUACAAAUGAGAGUGACCUGAUGUACGACAAUGUUGUUCGGCAACUUCUUGCAGCAUUGGCCCAGUCUAAUUAUGAUGCCACACCCACAAUGCGUGAUUCAGGAAUGCAGACAGUAGACCCCAGUGCUGAUCCAGCUGACAUAGAUGUCAAUGAACAGCUUGUUAUAAAAAGGCCGAGGAAGAAAAUGAAGUGGAUUCCAAGCAGCAACCCUCUCCCUCAACCCUUUAAAGAACAAUUGGCCAUAAUGAAGGUUGAAAACAGCAAACCUGACAAACUUAAACCAGUGAGACGAAAAACCGCAACAGACAGCUUAAUAGCCCCUCUCUUAGAAGCAUCUUCCAAAUCCUCUUCACAGAUAUUGCCUCAAAAAAUUGACACAAGUACCAUCACUAACCACAACAGUGACAAAAAACAUGCUCGUCAAUUCUCACUGGAUGUCCACCCAUAUGUUCUGGGCAACAAAAAAUCUAAUUCAGAAAUAAUCGAUACUGCUCCCAUUGCCUUGUCUGACAGCCAUGAAAGUGGAUUUCUAAAUCAAGAGAAACAUAUGAAUGCGUCAUCUAAUCUGAAAGAUACCUCCAAACCAACAAAGGAUCCAGAAAAAGAAAAUCACCCUUUAUCCGAGAGCUGCAGAGAUGUAUCUGUCUCCGGGACAUUCCUAACCUGCAGUCAUAAUCAUAUGUCAGGUUCAACAGCUGCAACAUCCACUGUAACUCUUAGUCAGUUAAAGCCUGAACCAAUGACUGUCUUUAAUCGAAAUCCCACACACCCAUUACUCCAUAUUAGCACUUUAUAUGAAGAUCGAGACGAGCAUGUUGCUAAUCUAAUAGACAGAGAGUCUUCCUCCCCUGAUCCUGGAGAUAUAAUUUCUGUAAUACCACCAAAGAAAGUAAUGUUAGCCCCUUAUGAGGAACCAAGGUCCGUUAUAAGCUCUGCAGAUUUCUAGAGACAUCACACUGCUGUGCUAAUCAUUGCAUGAGCAUGGGGAGUUAAAUUAUUUGCUAAAUAUGCUGUCUGCAAUUAUAGUGCACAACUCUGUCACUACUGUCAGGACAAUGUAACGAUUAAUUAGUAUAGAUUGCAAUGUAAAGCACAAGUUAAAUAAAGUUAUGUUAGAUAGAGCAACAGAAAACUCGAGCAGAUUCUGAACAGAAUUCUAGGUUUUAAACAGGCUGAAUGAUCUUCACUACAACAGCCACUGUUUUUCAUUCCAACUACUUUAAAAAUGCUAUUCAGAUACCAGUUCAUCUGAUGUAUUAAAAAUUAUUUUUGAGCCAACAUGAUAUAGAUGAACAAAAUACUUACACCAUCAUCAAAUCCUGUGUUUAUCACUGAUAUGCAUGUCCUUAAUAAUGGAUAUCUUUGAAAGCAGCAGUUUCAGU